CGUGCCUUCUCGGAGCAUCCAUGCACGAAGGUGUUGGUCAAGCGUCCGGCGCGACACCGUCAGAUGUCGGUGUCAGUGUCAUGGUCUGCGAUACGCUCCUCGCUGGCAUAGCCGCCGCCUUACCGCCCUUCGGUGCCUACUGCGAACUCACCGGACUAUGUCCAUGGAAUCCGUUGCCACCGUCCCUCGACAGUCCUCCAGUAAUCCCUCGGAUAAUGACGCCGACUCGCCCAUCGUCGAUGACUCCGCUGCUGCGAGGCCGCAGGCGAGAGGAUUCAAGUUCUGGAUGUCGUUCUUGUCGAUAUGCUCCGCCCUUGGACUUUUUGCUCUUGAGCUCACUUCGGUCUCUACGGCUCUUCCCACCAUCGUGAAAGAGCUCCAUGCGACCGACUUCGUUUGGAUUGGGGCAUCGUAUGCUCUGGCAUCCACCGCUUUCCUACCUAUGGUUGGCGGUCUGUCUCAAACAUUUGGCCGAAAACCAGUUCUUGUCGGUUCUAUUCUCCUCUUUGCCCUAGGAAGCGCUCUGUGUGGCGCAGCGAAUAGCAACGCCAUGUUGGUUGCUGGACGAACGGUCCAGGGCACUGGAGGCGGAGCCAUCGUCAACCUUUCAGAUAUUGUCCUCGGAGACCUAGUUCCCUUACGCGAUCGCGGGUUCUUCUUUGGACUUAUUGGACUGACCUGGGCAUUGUUUUGUGCCAUUGGUCCUGUAGUAGGCGGUGGUCUCGCCUCGGCCGGAGCGUGGAGAUGGCUCUUCUAUCUCAACCUACCAAUAUGCGGGUUUUGUAUCUUCGUCACAGUCUUCUUCAUGGAGCUCCGGGCCCCGCGGUUGACCUUCAGCGAGAAGAUGGCACGUAUGGACUGGGGAGGAAACCUCAUCGUUGUUGGCAGCUCCGCCGCAUGCGCACUCGGCCUCACAUGGGGCGGUAUCGAAUACUCAUGGGGAUCUGCACAAGUCCUGGUGCCACUAUGCAUCGGGUUGGCGGGCCUGUUGCUAUUCUUCGUCUACGAAAGCCGUUGGGCGACAGAACCUAUUAUCCCGUAUUACCUGAUGUCAGAUCGGACAAGUGCUAGUGGAUAUUUGCAGAACUUCUUUUCGCCAGUACUCGCUCUCGCCGCAGUCUACUUCAUCCCCAUCUAUUACCAAGCCUGCAAAGGUUCUUCUCCCCUCUUAUCCGGUGUCCAGACUCUCGGACUCGCUGCCAUCGCCCCGGCCGCCAUAGUUGGAGGAGUGAUGGUUGGAAUCAGCCAGAAAUACCGACCACCGCUGUGGGCCGGCUGGUGUCUGACCAUCAUAGGGUUUGGGCUCCUGACAACUAUCACCGCCAACGACCCGAGCGCGCGCACGAUCGGCUUCAGCGUAAUCGCGGGAUCCGGUAUUGGUGUCAUCUACUCUGUCGCUCAAUUCCCCGUGCAAGCGCCCCACCCGACCUCAGAGAACGCACGCUCCAUGACAUUCUACGCGUUCGUCCGCGCCUUCGCAAGCAUCUGGGGCAUCACCAUGGGCAACGCCAUACUGCAGAACGAGCUGCGCCGGCGGCUCCCCGCCGCCUACAUCGCGCAGUUCCCCAACGGCGUCGCGCUCGCGUACGCCAUCAUACCCGAGCUGUCGACGCUCACGCCGUCGCUGAGAGAGGAGGUGCGCCUCGCGUUCGCGGAGAGCCUCGCCAUAUUGUGGAAGGCGCUGACGGGCGUCGCGGGCGUUGGGCUGCUCUCGUCUUUGCUGAUGCGGGAGAUACCGCUCCAUACUGAGACUGACAAGGACUGGGACCUGACGGCCCAGGACGAAAAGGACGUUGAAAAGAUAGCUUUGAACCCUAUUUAGUGGGUCGCAGGUAACUUAUUGUGUGUGUACGAUAGGGAUGCGAUGAGAAUGUGUACUUCAUCCUUCCUUGAUCAUAAGUCUCAGAUCUUGAGGUGACGGCACGUGUUCAAUGGUACUGGUAUACAGCUAUUGUGUGGUGAGGCUUCUUGAGUGGUCCGUCGCCUAUCACCGCAGGAAGAAGCGUACUGCACCCGGUACCAUAUGCCAAGGUUCGAAGGGGCACGCAGGCUCGAGGGUUCGUGUACACAUUUAGCAAGGUUCAGCC